AUUUGGGAGGAUUACAAGUUAAAAUGGGAUCCUCGAGAAUAUGGCGGCAUUAAGGAUUUGCAUUUUCCGGGUGGUAAUUCACAAAUAUGGAGGCCUGAUAUAUUAUUGUAUAACAGUGCUGACGAUAAUUUCGAUUCAACUUUCAAAAGCAAUUUAUUAGUGUACAGCAACGGAGAAGUGAAUUGGAUACCACCCGGUAUUUUGAAAUUCAGUUGUAAAUUGGAUAUUACCUGGUUUCCAUUUGACGAUCAAGUGUGUGGACUGAAAUACAUGACCCUGCAAAAGCAUCUUUAUCGUACUUUACUUAACCAACUACAACAAGUUUCUUUAAAGUUUGGCUCAUGGACACAUAAUGGAUUCGCGUUAGAUUUACAAAUUGAUGCGGAUGAUAGUAAUUCAACGCAUCAAAUGGAUAUUAGUGAUUAUGUGCUAAAUGGUGAAUGGGAUUUAAUUGCAACGCCAGCUGUACGUAGUGUUAAACGUUUUGUAUGCUGUCCGGAACCUUAUCCAACAAUUAUAUUUUAUAUGCAUAUCCGUCGUAGAACUCUGUACUAUGGCUUCAAUUUGCUUAUACCAAGCUUGCUAAUCUCUUUGAUAACUAUGCUUGGUUUUACAUUACCACCAGAUGCCGGAGAAAAGAUUACAUUAGAAAUCACAAUUCUACUGUCCAUUUCAUUCUUUUUGAGUAUGGUUGCUGAAAUGACACCUGCAACUAGCGAAGCUGUACCAUUAAUCGGAGUAUUUUUUUCAUGCUGCAUGUUGGUUGUGUCAGCAUCUGUCGUUUUCACCGUCGUCGUAAUUAAUUUACAUUUUCGGACACCCGAAAGUCACAUUAUGACGCCACUUGUUCGACGGAUAUUAUUGGAAUGGCUCCCAUGGUUAUUAAUGAUGUCACGACCUGGUACUGUAUACAGUUGUGGUAAAGCAUUAACAGAAUCGGAAACAAGCAGUAGAACGAAAGAAGAUGAAUAUAAUCCGUUUGUUGAAGAAAUUUUAUCGGGAAGAAAUGCUUCUGAUGCACAAAUCUUAUUGCUUCAUCAGCUUUAUUUAAAAUUGAAACAGAUCACUGAUCAAAUGAAAGAAGAUGAAGAAACAGAAAGUUUACGAAAUGAUUGGAAAUUCAGUGCGAUGGUUGUUGAUCGAGCAUGUCUUAUUUGUUUCUCAUUAUUUACUACACUAUCAACGUUUUCUAUUAUACUUAGUGCUCCACAUUUAACUGUAUGA